AUGGGGGAGGGGAGAGAGGAGAGAAGUAGAGCACAGGACGAUGGGGUAAAGCUCGUACCAGGGAGAGAUUGCUUCGUUUCGCUCCCCAGCCAUGUUGUCGACGCCUUGUUUCAAAAAUAUCAAGAUGCUCUCAAUGCUGGUGCACUAGAAGUCAAAUGGGUCGGAGCGUCGAGAUCGCACAGCACGGGAGAAGGGAGGCAAACAGAGGUUUCUCUGCAAGGGAAGAAUGUUAGAUCCCUUAUGGUCUCAUGGGCUGGUUCAUGCAGCAGUCAGUCAGAUGCACUGGAGCUGUCGCCUUCUUAUGCAGAAUGUCUUGGGCUUUCCGACGGGAUCGAUAUAGAUGUCCACUUCCGCAAGGAAGUUCCUGUUGCGCUACAAGUGUUGGUUGAGCCAGUCUCGACCGAUGACUGGGAGGUGGAUGCCUUGCCUCUCCCUCAAGAUGGAGAGUCAGGUUUUGAAUCAGGUCCGACGAUGACCUUUCGUUCGCAAAGUCUCGAGGUCCCUGUGAUGAGGAUGUGUGAUAGGAACACGGAGGUUGUAGUGAAACCAAAGGAGAGAGAAGCCGCUGGGAAAGGAACGGAGGGUGGAAAGUGCAUGACGAUGAGAGUCCUUGCCCUCGAGCACCUCAGGGGCCUUGUAGAUAAGCUGCACCCCUCCGACAUCUUCGUCCCUCAAGACAUUCUUCAUCGCUUUGACGGGAAGUUGUGCUCAUUGAGGUUAGACGAGGUUGUUCAGGGGGAGACAAGGCCGGGGCAAGUGAGCAAGACGCUGAUCGGACGAACACGAGGGCAUCCUGACAUUCCAUCUCAUCACGUUGUUCUUGGAUGUCACCAGAGACAGCAGCUCCUCUCUCCCGUAGGCUCGAGAGUGCAAGUCAGGAGCUUGCAAGGAAUCCCAGCACAACCGGCGAAGGUGGUGAUCUCUCCAGUCGAGCUUGCCAGUCCGAUGGACAAGGAGACGAAGGAGUCGUCCAAGGAGGAGAAGACGUCAAGCGAUCAAUGCGUGAUCGAGGACUUCGAGGAGUUUGUGAGGAAAUGGUCGCCUGUGAGGAAGAGAAGUCUUGUGCUGCUUGAUGGGACUCUUGUGGAACUGAAGGAGGAGGAGGAGGAGCUGCGAGGCGAUCAAGCAACGAGGAUCAACAGGAGGAUGUCGAAGAAGCAGCAGCAGUUUGUCUGCAUUCACAUGCAACAAGCCGACGGCUCGCCCUACCCCCCCCUUGCAAAUUCCGUUCGGAUUUUCGACUUGUGGUAUGACAAGGACGUCCUCCGUUCCUCGCAAGUCGACAAGAUAAAAUGCAAGAAGCUGCAGGAGGACCUUGUUCUUGAGCCUUGCCUGCGGGAGGUGGUUGGAGGAGGACAAGAGCUAGUUAGGAACCUGGAGACAAAGCAGAGGUCUCAGCUCUUGAGAAAUGCCUUGACCGGAGGCGUCCUCCUCGUCGGCCAGCAAGGAAGCGGGAAAUCGUUCCUUGCUCGUGCCAUGGCGCAUCAGCUGUCAGCGAGCUGGGCUGGAGGGGAGCGGCGAGUAGAGUCAGAGCUGGAGGGAGGAGACGAUCAGAAGCGGCCCGUAGCGAUGGCGUCAGCAUGCAGUGUCCACGUCCUGCACUGCGGAGAUCUUUGCGAAGCAGACGAGUACAGGAUUCAUACGGUGCUCGAAGAAACGAUAGAGAGAGCGCGGCAGCAAGCCCCUGCGGUGCUGCUGCUCGACGACAUCGACUCCCUGGCUCCUGCUGAGUCCCAACAUCUGGAGGCGGCGCAUGACACGAAGACCCUGAACGUGCAUGGAGUGGCUGUGCUGGGAACUGCCAAGUCCCUCUCCUCCUUGUCGCUACCUCUCCUCUCUCCUGGUCUUUUCGACAUGCAGGUUGAGAUUCCUCCGUUGGAUCGCAAGGCGCGCAAAGCGAUCCUGUGCGAGAUGCUGGGCAGCAUGCCAAUGCGGCUGCAAUCUCCUCCUACAGUGCAGUGGGAGGACAUCGCGGGAAUGGACGAGGCGAAGGAUACUCUUCUCAGGAUGAUCCAGCUGCCCACCAGACACCCCGAGCUCUUCGCUGCUGCUCCUCUCCGCGUCCGUACAGGUUGCCUCCUGUACGGGCAUCCGGGAUGCGGCAAGACGUUUCUGGUCGGAGGGGUUGCGUCAAAGACAGGCUUGAACUUCAUUACGGUCAAGGGCCCGGAGCUUCUCAACAAGUACAUCGGAGCCUCCGAGCAGCGAGGACACGACUCGACGGGAGUGACGGACAGAGUGGUGAACCAGUUCUUGACAGCUCUUGAUGGCAUUGAAGGCUUAAGUGGAGUAUUCGUAGUAGCCGCCACAAGUCGUCCGGAGCUGAUUGAUGCUGCGCUUCUACGGCCGGGAAGGCUGGACAAGCACAUCUGCUGCCCCAUGCCGGACAACAAGUACCGCCUCCGCCUCUUGCAACGAGUCGCAUCCAAGGCUGAGCUGGACAAAGACAUCUGUCUCGAGGACUUUGCUGAGCAGCUGGAGGGAUGCAGGUGGGUGGCUGCUCCCUGUCUCUCCAUCGCUGACGCUGCUGGAAGCUGUGCUGACCUGCAGGCCUUCAUCUACAACGCCCAGCUGCUGGCCAUCCACGACAUGAUUGACGGGCGGAAGGAGGAGGAGGAGGAGGAGAGGCCGCGUAUUUUGUUGUCUCAUCUGCAACGAGCAGCAGAGGAUCUCCGACCGAGUUUGAGCGAGGCAGAGAGGCGACGCUACGAUCGGAUCUACGAGUCAUUCCAACGGUCGCACAAGUCACCGCAAGCUGGAGAGGCUGGGGUGCAAAGGAAAGCAACCAUGGCGUGA